AUGGGACCACUAAAUCUCCUCACAGCAAUGGUUUUAUCCAUAAGCUGUCAUUUCCAGUCUGCAUCGGCUUGGACGGUGAAUAAUUUCCUCAUGACUGGACCCAAGGCUUUUCUGACUUAUGCCAGCAGUGUUCAAGGGGGCGCACAGAGUGGAAUACAAGAGUGUAAACAUCAAUUCGCUUUGGACAGAUGGAACUGCCCAGAAAGCACACUUCAGUUAUCCACACUCAACGGCCUUCGAAGUGCCACAAGGGAGACAUCUUUUGUCCACGCUAUCAGCGCCGCCGGAGUGAUGUACACGCUCACCAAGAACUGCAGCAUGGGAGACUUUGACAACUGUGGCUGUGAUGACUCCAGAAUUGGACAGACAGGUGGCAGAGGAUGGAUCUGGGGAGGCUGCAGUGAUAAUGUGGCGUUUGGAGAGAAGAUCUCCAAACAGUUUGUGGACGCACUGGAAGAUGGGCAUGACUCUCGCGCAGCAGUUAAUCUGCAUAACAACGAGGCAGGCAGACUGGCAAUCAAAGCUACCAUGAGAAAAGCCUGUAAGUGUCACGGGGUGUCCGGGAGCUGCAGCAUCCAAACCUGCUGGAUGCAGCUUGCUGACUUCAGAGAGGUGGGUAACUACCUGAAGAUGAAGCACGAACAUGCCAAGAAACUGGAGAUGGACAAGAAGCCGGCGAGGGCUGGGAACAGUGCUGACAACCGAGGAGCAAUUACGCACGCUUUUAGGAACAUCGCCCGGACCGAGCUCAUUUACCUGGAGGACUCUCCGGAUUACUGCCUCAAGAACCAGAGCGUGGGGUAUCAGGGCACAGAGGGGCGGGAGUGUCUAAAGGGUGACAAGAAUAUGUCCCAGUGGGAGAGAAAGAGCUGCCGCAGGCUGUGCUACGAAUGCGGCCUCAGAGUAGUGGAGAAGCGCAUCGAGGUUGUCAGCAGCUGCAACUGCAAGUUUCACUGGUGCUGCACAGUUAAAUGUGAAAAAUGUACCCAAGUUGUUACAAAGUAUUACUGUGCACGUAAAGACAAUGGGAGGAAAGCACAUAACAAAUCCAAGAGGAAGCAUCGUGCGCGCCGGCACUGA